AUGGCCAUUGUGAACAUGGAGGUCGCUAAGGACAUCACGGGAGGUGCCAAAAGCCUCAAGUUUACCACGGGCACCGCCGGCCAGGAGUCGUUCCUCCGUAUGAGGGGAAAGAGUACGGAGACGGCUCAAUUGCAAGAAGAGGUUGCUGCGGCUGAAGGGACUUGGCUGAAACGAGCCGUGGACCGCUUCCAGCUCAAGGGCAUCGUCGGUACUGCCUCCGAGGCACAUUGGAAGACAUACUUUGAGGAGCGCGUGCUCCUGGAAAUGAAACGACAGGCAUCCGUCACUGCAGACGAGGACUCCUCGGACGAGGCACAGGACGAGGUUGCUGGUUCGUGGCCCGAGUGCUUGGGUGAGCAGCCCGAAAUCGACGGCUUUGACUUCGAGUCGUAUCGUGAUGGGGAGGAAAGAGAAUUUGCUCAAGAAGUGUUGGCAGGAAUCCAAUCUUCAGUGGAAGCCACCAUCAAGUCCAGUGCACAAAAGCUAGAUGCGUCAGCGAUUGCCAAUGGUGUCUUUUUACUCUCCUACCACCUCAACAUGGACGAUGACGAUCCGAGGACCGUAGACGCCCAUGCACGCAUCUAUGCACCCAAUGCAUCUGGUAACUUCUUGGAUCUGCUGUACCACAACCACCACCGAGUGCGCAUGAGCUUUACAGAGCGCGAUUCCCACCUCUACGUCGUUCGCGGUGGGCCCGAUGUAGCGCCCGCAGCUCGCAAGAAGCAGGGACGGCAGGAGGGCGAAAAGAUCUUCGACUUGGACUUCAACGAGUAUCGGAGGAAGAACCAAGUCAAGACGUCGCUUGCCACGAACGCCACGCUCGCAAGUUUGGGCGCCCACCUCUUCGGCGCUGAGGGUGUGCUGAGCAAUCGGAAAGUUUUUGGUCUCCUCGUGCGGUCAGUCGGCCUCGGCAAGUUCGGGGACAGAAAUGGCUGGCCGAUAGCCACAGCCAGGCGACGCUUCAAGUGCGGCAAAGGUGAGACUGAGACCGACACCGAAAGCAUUCCAGGUGACAAGCACGAGGAAGCCAACGUAGGUGACUGCUGCAUCAUGUGA